AUGAGCGGCGGCGGCAAUACUGCCGCCUCCUCGACUGCUUCCUUCGCUACUCCCACCGCGCCACUGCCGGCACCGCAAGCGCCGCUUGACCCUCAACAAUUGAUGGCGCUGGACCCCGUCCACGGGCGGAAAUAUAUUGCCGACAAGUUGGUCCACGACGUUUACUCAAAAUUGACGAUGGUGGCCGGCAAACGGGUAGUGGAGACUUACUACUUGACGCAUACCCUCAUUAAAGAGUAUAGCCACUACCCGCUGACGCCGCCGCCUCCGGGAACGGCGGCUGGUUCCGUUAAGAGCCGUGUGCUUGUCAUUUGCGCCCGCCACGCUCUGGGGCGGAUUAUGAUCCAAAAAGGGAAGUUUAACGAGCAAAAGAACUUGUACCAGAUUGGCAGAACGUGGGAUAUGGAGGAAUUAAGGGGGAUUAAACGGAUCGCUCCCGACGAAGUGAUUUUGACGCUUAAUAAGGACUACUACUGGAAAGUGGCUGAGGGACCGGACCGCACGACGCGAUUUAUCAAAGCCCUUGCUCUGUAUUACGGUUCCUAUACCGGUAAAUACCCGAUAUUGGGCGGUAUCACUGAAGCAGAAUUGCGCCUUCCCCGGACUCCAGUGACCAUCCCUAUCGGUAAUGACAUCAACAACGACUCGAGAAAACCGUCAGUGGCGUCGUCUAUUGCUCCUAACCCCGCGGUAAUGACUGGCCAAGCUCACCAGCAGGCGCCUCCGCCUCGGUCGCAAGUGGCGUUCGCUUCCCAACCCUCUGGUAGCGGUGCUCCUGAUCUUAACGAUAUUCCGGACGAUGACGAUGAAUUUGCUCCUCCCGGUGGUUCUAAACAUAUUAACGCUACUCUGAUGGGGUCACCGCGACAACCGCCUACAAAUCGAAGCCACCCGUAUGGACAAACAUCCGUGCAUCAAACAUCAGUGCUGCAACAACCGAUACCAGCGUCACCCCCCUCCCAGGAUACGACUGCUGCCGACGACGAGUCCAUGUUUAAUUUCACUCCCACCGUACCUAAGGAGUCGCUGAUGCAUCUGAUUCACGACUAUAUCCGCGACGACCACCCGCAAAACCGUCCCGGCAACCGCAGUCUGUAUUUCUCUCAGCGUCUGGCCCGGCUGACCGCGUCGUCCGAGGGGGCGUCCGCCCACCCGAGACUGCCCAUUAAGACUAGAUUUGAUGAGCUUCGCAACAGCCAUCGUCUGAUGGAAGCGGUGGAAGCGUUUGGGGCCCAGUUACCUCCCAGAUCACCCUUGCAACAACAAGACGGUAAUAUCACCGAUGAUGAAGAGGAGGACGACACUGAAGGGUCAGUGAGACGCCGGACUAGCCGUCACAGCGAUAGGGGACAUCGUCGUCAGCAGAGCGACCAGAGAGUGAGGGCAUUGGACCAGUUGGAAGGACAGGCUCAGCCCCCCGCCCCUACGCUGCCGUUUGUACCGCCACCUCACGUACGCCCGGGUCCAGUGAACACUGAUGCUUUGGAUACAUCGAUUCAGGAGAUUGAGAAUCUCUUGGGACUGCAGUUUGCCUUUGACGGUGCUGAAAGUGGUCUUUCUCCAACUGACGAUAAGGGGUCAAUGACCACUCCUAAGCUCAGACAGCUUGAAGAGGAGGACGGGGCAGCAGGACACAGCACGGCUAAUACUACCCCCGGUCCGGUGACUCCACGCACUCACCCUGCGGAUAUCUUUGACGCGGGUACCCCGUCACUACAAGUGAAGAAGGGGCCCCGUGACCCUGAAAUCGACGAGUUGUUUGACGAAAUCAAGUGGGGGAUCACCGAUACUUCUGAGGACCUUUUACGUAAACUUCAAGGGGAACUCCACGACGUCAAACUGAAAAACGUACGCGAAUUAUUGAAUUUUGAUGCCUUUUCCGAUCUGCUGGUGGCCAAGGAAGUCACUACUGCCACCGAGGAGGUGGACCAUUUGCUGACCAUCUUUAAACGCAUGGAACUCGACUUCAAACUUCUCUUGCCGCAAAUCAACGACGUCGACCACCAACUGAAAGGGUUACAACUUAAGUUUGCCAACCAGCAAACGCUUUACACCACGUUGAAAGAUAUCCUUGAGAAGGUCAAUGUCAACCAACAAGACCUUGCCGAGAUCGCUAACUUCACUCACUUUGACCAGUGGAAACAAACUUUGCCAAACUUGGAGCGGAAGUUGGAGAACUUGUACCUAGCCGUGCAAACGGUGAAACAGGAUAACAAUCCUGAAGCUCAGGGUGAGGGGACGAUGUUGGCGCUCAAGGAGUACGAGCUGCAGUACGACGAAGUGAUUGAACGGUUUGCCACUAACUUCGCCCGGUUUGUCCAGCACAAGAUGGAGCUGCUUUUCAGGGCGAGUGCCCCGUCGUCAAUGGCUGGUUUAAUGGGCCAUAAUGUCGCUCAGCCAGGAAUGCUGGGGGUGAUUGAAGUGGCGAUGGUGAACCAGUUGGCUGUGGACUUAUUGGUAUACUCGGCGUUGACUUACUUCUGUAAGCAGUUGCUGCCCAGUACUGUCUACGCGUUGAACCAGUACUUCAACGAACACAUGGGCCGGUCGUUGGAGCGCAACUUCAUCCGCAAAUUGACCCAGGUGGAGGCAAAACAGGCUCAAGCCGGGACCGGUGGCGUUGGUCUGCAAACGCAGGACCUGCCGAUCUCGCUGCCGACGCUGCUGGUGGUGGCUGACAACAACCCCUUAAAGAAGGGGCGUACGUUGCGGAUGCUGAGAAAGGAGAAGCUCAGACUGAAGUUCAGAGACCGUGAGCGGUUGCUGGGGAUGCUGAGACUGCCGACGAUGGAGACGAUUGCCGAUACGGCCCCGCUCCAGCCCGCAGCACUGAUCCCUCUGUCUCCCAACAUCCCGCCACCGCCACAGGCUGAUUUCUUAAAGGCAAAGCCAGGCCAGCUCGACGACCCGAUGGUGGUGACCCAGUUGAUAGACGAAGCUAGAGAUGUUAUCGGCAUCACCCAGUUCUUUGUGGGGACAUUCUUCCACUACACGUCGCAGGUGGACGCUCUUGACUUUAAGGAGUAUUUGGGCACCCACCCGUUGGAAGAGCGGCGCAAGUUUGCCGAUAAGUACCUGGGGACCAACAUCGACUUGGAUACGGUGAUGCUGUUGGAUACCGCUGCCUACGACACUCGUGACGUCAUCGCCAACAUGACGGCUAUCUUCGGCAAUUAUAUCAACACGUUUAUCAAACUGGUGAACCCGAUUGACUACCGCAUUCCUCAGAUCUUGGUGCACUUGGAGCACUGGCAAUCAGUCGUCGCUUCCAAGCCCAAUCAGGAGUAUGUGGUCUACAACUUCUACAAGCGGGUGAUUGACAAAUUGACGUCGCAGUGGCGUAAGUUUUUCAGUAGCCACUUUGAGUUUGCUGCCGUCACUGCCGCCGUGGUCAACCCUGAAGUUUUACCUGGGGUGAGAGCUGCUAACGACUUGAUUAUGGCCACCGAGCGGUCGGUAGCCAACGCUAAACAUUUAGCAGACACGUCGGUGAGACAGUUGAUCGACUCCACCUAUAACGAAGCCACCGAACUGCUUGUCCACAUGUUUCUUCGCGAGGACCCGUUGUUGAAGCUGCUGGAGUUUGACGACCACCAACGCCACCAGCGACUUGUGCCGAUUUUGCGUAAUGUGUUCUUCCUCAUUGACUCCUUACGCCAGGUACAAGGUCAACUGAUUAACCGGAUGGUGGCCCGCUUUGAUCUGGUAUUCAACCAGAUUAAAUCAAAGUACUUUGCCAUGUUCCUCCACCAGCUGAUCGGCAAGCUUAUUGAGUUUAUCGUUGCCCACGAAAAGCACGGUAAGCCGUCUAAGUACAAUAAGAAGAGUGUCCAGGCGUUGGUACAUUUCUACAACCAUCGCCAGUUGCUGGAACGGGCGCAAGUGACGUUCCAGCUGUUCGACGCCAGCUUCAAUUUGGGCAUCGACUACUUCGAAAGAGAUCUCGUCGCCCGUUUGUGGCUGGACUUGGAAAACGAGUACGUCAAUAUCUUCACGAGAUUGGCGCUGGUGAUGCGGCAAAACUAUCCCGACAUUGACUACACAGCGAUGCUGAAGCACGAGAUCCACCAGGUGUUUAGAGAAGCGCAAGCCAGACGCCCCCAUUAA